GCGCCUCGUUUUUCUCUGGCCGCUGUAGACGUAAUGAACGCACUGUGGCGUGCACAGCCCUGCACUUGGGAAUGGCAUUCUUUGGAAACACGCUAGGUCUACACAGGAAAUGGGUGGUUUCACUGCAGUGCACCCAUGUCCCAAGUAUACACAGCGAGUUGCUGUCUACUCCAGUGUGGCCCUGCAUUGUCAGCUGCCUCUCACGGGUCCCUGGGAACACCCUGCGUGCCUGCCGUCUUUCUGUCCUGUUGCGUGGAUGCUGCGGGCGUCAAGGGCGCAUGGACUCACGUGCCUCUCUGGUUGGUUUUGCACAGACCUGCCUGGAGCUGGAGCGCUACCUGCAGAGCGAGCCUUGCUACGUCUCCGCCUCAGAGAUCAAGUUUGACAGCCAGGAAGAUCUGUGGACCAAACUCAUCCUGGCUCGGGAGAAGAAGGAGGAAUCUGAACUGAAGGUUUCCUCGCGUCCUCCAGAGGCUGCGCUCCUGAGCCCGAGCUUCAGUUUCAACCUGGAGACCAACAGCCUGAGCUCGGACGUCGGCAGCGAGUCGUCCGACAGCUCGGAGGAACUGGCCCCCACCGCCAAGUUCACCGCGGACCCCGUCGGCGAAGUUCGCGUCAGUCCGGGGAACUUGAGCUGCUCGGUCACGUCCACGCCCCCGUCGUCUCCGGAACUGAGCCGGGAGGCCUCCCAGCUGUGGGGCUGCGCGCCCGGGGAGCUGCCCUCACCCGGGAAGGCGCGCGGUGGGACGCCGGGGAAGCCCGGGGACAAGGGAGGGGACGCCUCCCCCGACGGCAGGAGGCGGGUGCACCGGUGCCACUUCAACGGCUGCAGGAAAGUGUACACCAAAAGCUCCCACUUGAAAGCACAUCAGCGGACGCACACAGGAGAAAAGCCUUACAGAUGUUCAUGGGAAGGGUGUGAGUGGCGUUUUGCAAGAAGUGAUGAGUUAACCAGGCACUUCCGAAAGCACACCGGCGCCAAGCCUUUUAAAUGCUCCCACUGUGACAGGUGUUUCUCCAGGUCUGACCACCUGGCCCUGCACAUGAAGCGGCACCUGUGAGGGCGCAGAGGCGACUCCUGUAGGCUAAGAGGCUUCCAGGCUGAGAGACGGCCGUGGGAGGAGGGAUGCGUGUUCCAGCCAAAGCAUGCCAUUUUGCACCCUGCCCAGUUGCCUCCAGGGCCCCUCCUUGGAAGGUCUUUCGAGGGCUAAACAAGUCCUGUCCGGAGCGGCUGGCACCCGUGGUGCGUGGUGUGUGGGUGACCCUGGACUCGCCACUGGUACCUAACCUUCCGAGUGGCGCCAAGCCUUUGCCGUGAGCAUGCGCACUGAGGAUGUCACUGGCUGGGUUGACUGUCUGUUGAGGAUCUAUUACUGACUGUAUGAUGAGACCGACUUUUUUCCUUGCGGUGGGCACAACUGCGAGAGACAGAAAAAAGUAGCUUGAGUGUUGUGUGUGUCAGGAGUGUUCCAUGAGAUGAGAUGACCACCGACCAUUUCCUGGGGGGAGGGAGUGGCUGCACCUUAGGAAAAACAAAAACAAACCAACAAAAAAACAAAAAAAAAGAAAAAGACAAAAAAGAAGGAAAAACUCGGCGGGUGGGAGCGGGAACUCAGGACCCCGGAGUGGUGAGUGGCGUGGGGAGGGGAGGGGGCCCCCCCCUUCCAGCGUGAGAGAAGUCUUAUGUCUGGUGCAGCUAUUAAACGUGCAAUGUGUCAAGUAGCUCGUUUCACUUGCUACGACAGAGCUCAUUUGUAACCCAUUGUAUAAGCUGUGUAUCUACAAAUAUAACACAACGAUACUUUUCCUUGUAAUGCAAAACAGUCAUGCAUGGUCUGGGGAACUCUCUGCUUUUCCAUGCGCAAGUCAGGACUGCAAGACCGAUUCCAGCUGCUGAGCAGUGAGAUGCAGGGUGUCUGGCAUGGUGGCCCCAGCCAUUUGGGCCCGCAGCACACCAUCCCCUUCCGGAAAGGCAUUGUGCCGCCUAGGGUGGUUUUUCAGUGAUUCUGAGUUUGAAUUAACUCUUGGGAGCAUUUUGGGACGAUGCCCUUUGGAGAAAUUGGACGCGUACUUACUGUCAAAGAGCCGGGGCCGGGAAUUGCUGGUCUGAUGUGACCUAAAAUUUUUCUCAGUUGGGUGGAUCCAACCACUAAUGCUUAGAAACUGUUUUCUCAUGCAGCUAUGUUUCUCUUAUUUAUGCCUUGAGGACUAAUUUCUGGUUUUCUAGCUGUCAAAUGCACUGUUGACCUUCAUAAUGGUGCCUUAUGCAAGCGACCCCUCGUGCGGGGUUUCAUACAGGGGUGUGGCUGAUGGAUGCUUUAUUAAGGCUCAUUUUUCACCUGGCAUUGUACUGUAUCCAUGUGUAAUCCGGAAAAACAAGUCUCUUGAGGUCCUCCUUCACAAAGACAAGUAGACGAAAGCCCCCUGAACACGUCAGUGUUUGCUCAAUCUUGUAGACGACUUGCCUGUCAGUGUUAAGAUGGAAAACACGUGAUGUUGCAAAGUCAGCCCGAUUCUGCCACCUGGAGACUUUCAUACAGACCUUGCACAACAGUUGUAUAGAUCACACACCGGCUGUAUUUAAUAUGUAACGUUUUCACACAUAGUACAGAUGCAGAAGUAUAAAAAAUAAAUAAACCCAAUGUCAAUGUAUUUGCUUAAAAGGCACAAAUUUCACAUAUCUAUCUAGCUAUCUGUUGGUAAGAUAGAAAGUAUACUACUUUUUUUUAAAAGUGGGCGGGAUUCUUGUGUAUGUAUAUUUGUGUGUAUAGUAUGUGUAUGUGUGUGUAUAUAUAUAUAUAUAUUAUAUAUAGAUAAUAUAUAAAUAUUUUUUUUAAGGAGAAACUAGAAUGUUUAGCUAGAAAAUUCCACAGCCUGCGAAGAAAUACUUCAAAAUGGCCGUAAGGGAGGUGCAAACGAAAAGUAUGAUCUAACUUUUCUAGAGGCUUUAUCUUUAAUUUAAUGAUUCGCUGAAGACUUUUCCUGGCGUUGAGUCUGUCCCAGAAGGCCCAGCAUUCUCUCUCACCAUGAUGGGGGGGUCUGGAGCAGGAGACCCCCGGGCCGCUCCCACAUGGCCCGAAGGAAGUACUGGAACUCCCUUGGGGCUCAGACACACUAAGGUUUUGAUUUCGGAUUUCAGCCUUAUCAGAAGAUCUAAGAGUCAGCUAAUCACAGGGAUUCUUUUUUAGAACACUUUUUAUGCAGAUGAAGCUAUUUUUUCCAGCACGUAGAUUCCUCCGGUUUUUCCAAGGAGUAAUUUCCCCGAAUUGGCAUACCACAGCGCAGACAGCUGAUCCUUCUCCCAGCUGCUGGCUGUGGGUGUGGAGCUCUUCUUUAUAUAUAUAUACACACAUGUGAGUCUGGCUGGGCUGGUAUUUUGUUUGAUCUUCCUGGAAAUGAGCAAUGAUGAAAGCUCACACAACUGGUUUUUUUUUAUCAGCUGAUGAAUAAUACACUUACCUAAAGAACUCAUUUCAUUUUGCUGGGGAGUGGGAGGGGGGUUGCAGUUUUCUUUGGGCAACUCAAAAUCCAAGCGCUUGAUUUGCUGGGUUUUGAAAAACUCCUUUUUUGGUCCUGCUAUGUGCUUAGCCAUAACAAUUCCAUUAAGCAAGAAGGUAAACAAAAGACAAAAAAAACACACUCGCACUGGCUUGCUGCCCUUCUGCAGCUCCGGGGCACUGUGGGCCUGGGUGGGGUGGGUGCCGGGCGGGUGCCUGCGAUCUCAUAGUCAGCAAGUACAGGAAGAACUACAUUCUGUCCAGGUGACGACUGAGCCUCAAUCAAAGCAGAAACUUUGCUUGAAGUUAAAAAAAAAAAUUUCUAUUAGUGAAAUUUCUUUUUUUUUUUUUUUUUGGAAGCACCCUGUUAUCUAAAGAAUCUUUGUAAGAUUUUUGUAAAAUUUUGUUUUACAAGAUUUUAUUUGAAAUUGUUUUUUGCAAGAUUGUUAUAUUUCUGUAUGAAUGUAUUUUUUAUUGGAAUAACAUAAAAGAAUUCUUAUCAGCA